CUUCAGAAGCUCUCCCGCCUCUUCAAAGACCAGCUGGUGUAUCCUCUUCUGGCCUUUACUCGGCAAGCCCUGAACCUGCCAGACGUGUUUGGGUUGGUGGUCCUCCUGCUGGAGCUGAAACUGCGCAUCUUCCGACUUCUGGAUGUUCCUUCCGUCCUGUCUUUGUCCGCAGUUUGUCACAAUCUCUUCACUGCUUCAAAUGACCCACUGCUGUGGAGGUGUUUGUAUCUGCGGGACUUCCAAGAUGGUACUGUCAGAGUACGAGACACAGAUUGGAAAGAACUGUACAGGAGGAAGCACAAGCAAAGGAAAGAAGCCCAGAAAGGGCGGUACGUGAUGUUCCUGCCGUCAUCCCCCCACCCCAUCCCGUACUACCCCAACCCCUUGCACCCCAGACCCUUUCCUGCUGGCUCCCUUCUUCCUCCGGGAAUCAUCAGUGGUGAAUACGACCGAAGACUAAUACUUCCCUACGUUGGAGAUCCCAUCAAUUCACUCAUCCCUGGGCCUGGGGAGACACCUGGCCAGUUCCCUCCACUCAGACCGCGAUUUGAUCCAGUUGGCCCACUUCCGGGACCCAACCCCAUCUUGCCAGGGCGAGGUGGCCCCAGUGACAGAGUUCCCUUCAGACCCGGCAGGGGUCCGUCCACUGACAGCCAUCUGCCAUUCAUGUGAUUGCGUUAUAAUCUCACGUGUGGAGCCCGAUUGGUGUUUUGGUUUGUUAGAACGACAGGUGUCAUCUCCUUGGGGUGCUGAUGUCUAGUGGUAGUGUUUGCACUCUCAGAAACCUCUCAGUAGAUGCGUUUUCAGCUCCAGGCAUGGAGUGGCCCGCGGCUUAUUCUGCAGCAGGGUUGACCUUGGGGAUAGUUGGCUCCUGAUUUCCCUGCUCUGGAUUCUCCAGUAGACUGAGGUUGUGUAUGGAUGAUGUCGUGCACCUGAUUAAAAAGAAAU